AUCGCAUCCCUCCGACUCUCCUACACGCUUCAGGCUUGCCUAGUCUUGCUUGCACGCCUUGCGCUGGAGCUCGAGCUCGCCCCGUGCGCAUACUGCGUCUUCUCUCUCUCUCUUCUGGAGACAAAGAUGCCGCUGCUCGCCUCCGACAAGGAGGAUCGUCAGGGCGUCGACGAAGAGGACAUCGAUGUCGACCUCUUUGCCGAGCCAGCUGGCUUCCGCCCUCCCUCGCCCCCGCGCCGGACACGCACAUUCUACGACCCGCCACGCGACCGCCUGCCCGCAUGGCGGCGCAGUGCACGGUGCGUCCCCGCUCCCCUUUUGCCGCAGCGAGAGGGAAGCGCAGAGCAAGGAGAUGAGGGCGGAGCGAGCACGCACACCAUCCCCCUCGACCUCGUCGGCUUCAGCCCUCUCUGGGGCCACCAUCUCUGGAAUGCCGCGCCAGCGCUCGCUAGCUACCUGCUGCUGCACCGGCGCCAGCUGCUGCCCGCCCGCGCCUGCGUGCUCGAGCUUGGCGCCGCCAGCGGCCUGCCCGGCAUCGUCGCGGCCAAGUACGGCGGCGCAGAUCCGCGCGGCGACGAUGACAAUGUCGACGACGUUGAUGAAGAUGGUGAUACGCGCCGUGCGGAGAGCGAGCGCCACGUCGGGCACGACGGCGCUGUGCUGCCGUUUGUCGUCAGCACAGACUACCCCGACCCGGACCUGCUCACGUGCCUGCGCGAUAACUUGGAGAUGAACGGCGUGCUGCUGCCGCCGCGCCGCGAGGGAGAAGGUGGCGUACAGAGCAAUGGGAAUGCUGUUGCCGAGGGCUACAUCUGGGGUGCAGACCCGCACAGUAUCCUCGCACGCAUCCAAGGCAUUCCCAACAUCGACGCCAACACUGACCCUGCGCGCGGCGCGGGCACGCGCAAAUUCGACCUGCUCCUCCUUUCCGACCUCAUUUUCAAUCACCAGGCGCACGCCGCGCUACUUGAUACGUGCGAGCGAUGUCUGCGGCACGCUUGGAGCACAGACGAUGAACCGGCAGACCAGGCAGGACGGAAAGACGCAGAACACGAGCACGAGAAAGAGGAGGGGUGGGGCGAGUGCAGACCGGAGGACUUUUAUCCGCCUUCAAAGGACGACUCGGACGACGAGUUUGAGCUUCUGCCGUUUCCGUCUGCUGGAACGGAAUCGGGAGCGGUACAGCCGGCGGUGCUGGUAUUCUACACGCACCACCGCCCGCAUCUCGCGUCGAAGGACCUGGCGUUCUUUGCGCGCGCGCGCGCGCGCGGAUGGCACUGCCGCCUCGUCGCCAAGCGCAACAUGGGCGUCAUGUUCGUCAACGACCACGGCGAGGAGCGCGUACGUGCCACCGUGUGGGGCUGGUGUCUGACGCGCGGCGCUGCUUCUGCUGCUGCUGCGCCGCGCUCAGAGGCAUGAUGUGGCAUAUCUGCUAUGUAUCGUUGCCGCUGAGCGCUCGUAAUCUACAGUCGACAUGGGAAACAGGGAUCCCAUCGCGUAUGCUGCUAU